UCUUUACAAAUAGCUUGUUUGGUUAUUGUUAUUGCUGUUGCUGUAGCAGAUGACAUUAUUGUAGGAGGACUAGAACUGUGCGUGUGUUAUAGAAUUUCUGGGGUUAAACCUGGAUGAGGUAGCAAGAACUACUUCCGGUGUACUGUUUCCCAUGAUGCACCAACAGGGGAGGGUUCAGUUCAAACCGGUCGAGAAAUGGAUGAGGAGUUGAGGAGUGAAGGGAUGGUACAUAAAAGUACGACUGUCGUCGAAAUUGCUAACCCUAGUUCUAGAUAUAGUGAACGUUUCAUUCCAGUAGGUCACUAUAAUGGUCAGAACAAAGGAAUGGGAAAUGCAGGGGAACCGGACACGGGACGGAACGGUUUGUGCUGCGAUGAUCCGGAAAACUCACCCGGUUUAAGGACAGACUUGAGUCGCCUGUCAUCGGCUGGUACCGACAGAAUUAGGGAGGAAAUUCAGCGAGCAGCUGCAGUUCGAAAGCUGAACUUUCCUCAGAAUACGACCCUGAAAGCAAGCGAAGAGGAGGAAAUGGGCAAGAGCACCGGCGUGUCUGGAGCUGGAACCGCAGCAGAGAAGCUAGCAGACACCAAUACUCCACCGGGUGAGCUGACCAGGCAGUGGGACUCUGACUUCAGGACGACGCCUGCGCCUCAGUCUUUAUGUGAGGAUGAGGAGAGCGUGAGGAAAGCCAGGGAGGAAGGCCGUGUGGAUGUCGUGUUCCCUGGGAGCGUCACACAGGAGGGCUGCUGUAGGUUCGUCUGCGAGCUCCUGAAAUGCGUCCUAUACCAGCGUCAGCAGCUGCCCAUGACCUAUGAGCAGAUGGUGUUCUUCCAGAAACAGGAUGCAUCCACACAGCCAGAGGACGCAGUAGCCAGGAAGCCUGCAAAAUCUUCUGGAGGAGUGAACUGGCGUCGGGGCCGGAGGACUUUGCAGGAGCUGGACGACGUGCUCAUCCACCUGGAGGCACUGUUCUCCCUGAGCCGUGUGCCCCGGGUACUCUUCAUGCUGGGGGGAUCUGUGUUGCUUCCCGCCGAGCUGUACGAGAUCAACAUGGAGGCUGUGGUGGUGGGAGGCAGUGACGGAAGCUUGAGGACUUCCUCAUGCCUGAGGCAGCUCUUCCGCACGCUGUUUGUGGCCGACCUGCUGUCCGACGUGAAGUCCGUGCGGCUCAUGGCCACCACGGUCAUGGCUCUCGGCCACAGGGACUGCGGCGUGCCGUGGUUCAAGCCAAAGCUCGACUUCAAAGUCCCUGCCAGGGUGAAGAGGCAGGUGAUUUCAUUAGCUAGCCGGAAGUCCGUGAGCAGCACCAGAGACUGGGAUGAUUAUAUAUGGUUUCAAGCCCCAGUGACUGUUAAGGGCUUCUGUAAAUGACGAGGCGCUAAAGUAGAGCCCCAAGCUAAGACAUUGUGAUGUUUAUAAGGGUUCAGGAAUCGAUCAGUUACACCUAACCACAUACUCGAGUAUAAAUACCUCAAAGGUUGUCAUUUUUGACUGAGGAAUUCAUUUAAAUUAUUUUGAAUUAAAUUCACCCCAGAUAAGCGACAUACAAUUAGUCAGUACUGAUAUUCCUUUAAACAUUUUGCUUAAUUUUAGUUACAUUUUACAAUGAAGAAAUUAACUUCAUGCUGGAGGAGGCAUUUCUACAUGUCAGUUGUCUCCUGAAUGAAAAGUUUGGAAAUUGUGUGGUUAGAAGAGCAAGGCUAAACUAUUUCUAAUUGAAUAUCCAUGAUUCUGAUUUUAUAUCUAACCGGUUCUUUUAUGCAUGGUGCUAUAUGUUGUCACCUGUCUUUUUGCUGUUAAUUUUUAUCAAAGGACAAAGUAUUACAAAAAGAUGUCAUUUCCAGAAUAUCAAUGGACAUUAUAAUUAAAUAUACUUUUUAAAUUAUUCAUGUA